AAUGGCCGGAGAAGCUGUGCACGCGCACACGAUGGCAACGCUAAUUGGGCCAGGGCGCGUCGGAAAGGCCAUCGCCGGCAUGCUGGGGGCGGAGCUCGGCGCCGUCGUUACCCGCCAGUCCGGGGCUGUGGACCCGCAUGGCCAAGGCCCAAUUUAUGUGUGCACCACCAACGACGCCCUGGACUGGGUGCUGGAGCAGACGCCACGCAAUCGGCGGUGCGACCUCGUGUUCUUUCAAAACGGCUGGCUGGCGCCGUGGCUGGCCCACAACAGCCUGCGGCUGGGGCCCGGCAGCGCGGCAGGCGCAGCGGCUGAGGGUGGAGCCGCAGCAGCUGCUGGGAGGGAGGCGGAAGCGGCGCGGGGAGAUGGCGGGGGUGCUGGAGGUGCUGAGGCGUCAGGGCCGGGCUCUGCCGUCGAGGUCACCCUUGUGGCACUGUACAUGGCAGCCGGCCCGGACGGCACCGCCAAGGACGGACUCCGGACCGUGGCUUCUGGGAGGUGGGCGCAGCACGUGAGCCGCACGCUGUCGCGCGGCGCCGUGCGGUGCCGUGCGGUGGGCGGCGCUGACAUGUACGGCGCCGUGGUGGAGAAGCUGCUAUGGGCGUGUGUGUUUUGGAUGAUGAGUGCUGCUCUGGGCGGCAUGAACGUCGGGGACAUUGUCGCCAGGCAUCGGGGCGACGUGGCGGCCCUUACGGCCGAGCUGCUGCCGCCGCUGUGCCGGCAGCUGCGCGGCAUUGCGGCGGCAGGCGCCGGCCCUGAGGCGGCCGAGGCGGCGGCAGCCCUGGAGGCCCCGGCCGGAGCCGAGCGCGUCGUGGCGGCGCUUGUGGAGUACAGCGUCAGCAUAUCGUCAGCGGUGCCGAGCAGGGACAUGGCGCUCGCGGAGUUUCGGUGGCGCAACGGCGCGCUUCUGGAUAUGGGGCCCACGCCGCUGCACGUGAGCUGGCUGCGGCGGGCGGGGGUGCCCGCCGAGCUGCUGGAGGGGCAUGGAGUGGCAGCACGGGCAGAGCCAGAAGUCGCCGGGUGACAGGAGCUGCAGGUAUUUUGGCAAGCUGUGUGUCCACUGCAGUUGCACCUAUCGUUGCAAUCUUUGAAAUCGAGUGACAAUUUAGGAUUGGGGGUGGCGUGGAGUCAUCGUUUGGAGGAGGCAAGGGCCUAGGGGGCUUUGGGGGGCCGGCUGGCCGCACGUUGGCGCGGAAGCUGCGUCGGCCGCCGCAUGCACCCAAGAUGACAGGAUUUGGGUACAUCACUCUC